AUGGAGGGCGUCGAGGUUGACCUCCCCCCACUUGGUCAGGUCGGCAGAGCUACCAAUGUAAGGGUGGACCAACGUCACGUCCGCCAUCAAGCCCUCGUACUGCUCGGACCCUCGAUCGCGGAUUCCAGGGAUGUGGAUAUCGCCCUUCAUCUUGCGGCCAUGAGGAUAGGAGGGUACCUGCCGUCGAGAACGAGGAUCCCCGACUGUAUGGAUGACGCUCUGAAGACCAGCUUCGUUCAGCAUCGACCGAAUCGUACGAGUAAGGAAUCCACUCGAUGGUUCAACGGUCUGGAGAUGAUGUGCAGCAACGGAGGGAUCGAGCUCGCGCUGACAUCCAUCACAUUCCGUCGGACACUGGCAGAUCGGCAUGCCAUGGAGAUAGCAGUCGAGCAUCUGAGCAUAGCGGUCACGCUCAGGAAAAUGAGCAUGAAUGAAGUUUUACUCGCAGAAGUGCUGGUUACUUUUGGUCUUGUUUUCUGGUUUAGCUUGUUCCUGCUUUGUUCUGCUUAA